AUGGCGACCCUACUUGGAAUCUUGACUGGUAUUACUGUCGGCAGUUUGGCGAUCACAUUGUGUGCAUUCAUUGCAUUAGUGAUAUACAUUGCGUAUCAGCACAAGAGAUAUGCCCACAUCCCAGGCCCACCUAGAAAUGAUUUCUUCACAGGCAAUCUACGUCAAGUUACAGGGAGUGAAUCGCUCCCAGAGUUUCUUGCCGAGCAAAUGAGAACCUAUGGUCCUGUCUUUCUUUUGUUCAUGCUGCAAAAACCUGUCGUCAUUGUGUUGGAACCAAACUUCAUAAAGGAAGUAUUGCACUCAACAACACAUUUUAAACCACCAGUGGAGCAUGCAAACUUCUGGCAUGUUUAUGGGGAGCGGUGCUUUUACCAUGGAUUGCUAACAGAAACAAAUGUGCCAAAGCACCUAAAGAGAAGGUCUUUGUUUAACCCAGCCUUUCACAGAAAGUAUUUAAUGCAGUCUAUGGAUGUCUUCAACGACAGUGUUGAAUUGCUGAUUAAUGAACUCUCCUCUGUAGCGGAUGGCAAGACAGAGGUGAAAAUGUUGGAUCUGUUCAAUCGAAUCACUCUUGAUGCCGUCGCCAAGGUUGCUUUUGGACUUGAACUUGGCGAUGUAAUGGACCAUGAUUCCCCUUUCACCAAAGCGAUUGGAACUACUUUGAAGGGUGUUCAGGCGCAGUUUUACACACCUUGGAAAAGGUUCAGCCCAUUUACAUCGGAUCGUAAGUUCCGAGAGGAGGUUCGAGAGUCGAUUCGAUUCGUUCGGGAAACUGGCCGUCGAUGUAUCGAAGACAGAAUCGCAGCAAAACGAAGAGGAGACAAGAUUCCUAAAGAUUUGUUGACUUAUAUUCUAGAUGUAUCUGGAGAUUUCAAUGCAGAUAAAGAUUUCCAGAUUGAAGACAUGUUGGACGAGUUCUUUACUUUUUUCUUCGCAGGUCAGGAAACUUCGGCCAAUUUAAUGGCGUUCAUGUUGGUCGAGUUGGGCCAUAGUCCAGAAAUAUAUCAAAGAGUCAUGACCGAAGUCAACGCCGUGUUUGGAAGCAAUGACAGAAUUGAAUAUAAAGACUUGGCCAAGUUGGAAUAUUUGACUAUGGUAAUCAAAGAGACUUUACGUUUGUGGCCUCCAGCCUUUGGAACAAACCGUGAACUAGCUACUGAUAUGACCGUCUUAGGAAUGAAGAUACCUGCUGGUACAGUAAUAUGGUUCAACACUUAUGUUAUGGCUAGAAUGGAGAAAUACUACAUAGAACCACUGGUUUUUGAUCCCGAAAGAUUUAACAAGGUCGAAAACGAAAGGGAUAGAAAUCUGUAUACGUACUUUCCGUUUUCUAUGGGGACCAGAGCUUGCAUUGGUCAGUCAUUUGCGAUGAUUGAGGUUCGUCUGAUCAUUGGUCGUCUUCUCCACAAUUUCAACUUCACUCUUGUGCCAGGUCAGGACCGGGAUGAUAUAAUGCAGGAGAUUACCAUUAAACCUCGUGGAAGAUGUAGAAAUUAUCUCACCAAAACUCGUUAGAAUUGAAUUGACAGAAGUAAUUAAAUGGAUGUCAUCAUCGCCAAAACAAUGUAGCUAGUUUGUGUGUCUUAAUUUUUAAGUUUUUUAAAAUUAUCCUUAAGUAUGAGUUUCAAAAUGACCUAAUUGAAAGUUGAA